AUGUCCACAAAAAUGGAACAACCUUUUUACCAUGAUGACUCUUUUCUGUCGGCUUACGGCCACUCAGACGCCGCCAUGCACGACUACAAGCUGCUAAAGCAGAAUAUGAAUUUGAACUUAACAGAGCCAUAUCGCAACCUGAAGUCGCACUUGAGGGUCGACACGGACCUCUACCAGGGUGGGCAGCAGGACGUUGGGACCCUGAAGCUAGCGUCACCGGAGCUCGAGAGGCUCAUCAUUCAGAACAGUAACGGUGUCAUUACCACUCCCACCCCGGGGCAGUACUUCUACAAUCGGAGCAUCACUGAUGAGCAGGAGGGCUUCGCCGAGGGCUUCGUAAAAGCCCUGGACGAGCUGCACAAAAUGAAUCAAAUGCCUCACUCGGCGUCCUCCAUCGGCGCCGGCGGAGUUACCACCUGCUCGCCAGCGGCCCCCAGCGUAUUCGGCUCGGGACUGCAAGCCGAACCUCCCAUCUACACGACGUUGAACGCCUACUGCCCGAACAGCGGCCUCUCUUCGUCCACCUCCAGCUACCCCACAGCCACCAUCAGCUACUUGCCACCUCAUCAGCAGAACCAUGCGCAAACAUCCGCGCACGGCGCUUUCCAGAACCCCCACCCGAGUUCUGGACUUCAUCCGCAGCGACUAGUCGCUCUCAAAGAGGAGCCGCAAACCGUCCCGGACCUCCUGAGUAGCGAUGGCUCGCCUCCCAUGUCUCCAAUCGACCUGGAGACCCAGGAGAGAAUCAAGGCGGAGCGCAAGAGGCUGAGGAACCGACUUGCGGCGACCAAGUGCCGACGGCGCAAACUGGAGCGCAUCGCCCGCCUGGAGGAGAAGGUGAAAGGGCUGAAAAGCGACAACGCGGGCCUAUCCAACACAGCCUCGGUGCUGCGGGACCAGGUGGCCCAGCUCAAACAGAAAGUCCUGACCCACGUGAGCAGCGGCUGUCAACUGAUGCUCACGAGCAAGAUGGAGGCGUUUUAA